GCACGACGCGCAGUCGACGCCCCGGGCCUUGCACUGUGCAGCGAUCGCUCGCGGUCUGCGAUGCGUGCUCUGGAUUCACGUCGACCCACGUCGUCCGUCGCCCGCAGGAACGUCGAUCGACGUCGCCGCUCGCAGGAUGCGCCCCGCUCGCCGCAUGCGCGGUCUCCUCGCGUGCGCGGUCUCCCCCGCCGCCCGCGCAACAGCCGCCCAGCGCAUGCACAAGACCGGGCAGAGUUCGCGCCCGUCUUUUCGGCCUCUCCGUGCACAAGGGCGCUGUAUGUACAUGUCUCUCGCGCUGUCUACUCAUACACUCGACCGUCCUCCUCUCCCAGCAUCCCCGUCCACGCGACGCCAGGUCACUCAUGCUUGUGCAUGACGAGUAGGGUCAGGCUGUCCAUCCGCUACCUCCAAUCGACCCCGACGUCGCUAUGGAGUUUCUCGUCAGACCACAGUACGUCUCGUCGCUCCCGACCGGCCCGCCCAUCCAGAACCUCGCACGUUCCCACCGCCUCCGAACGGAUGCCUAGACGUGUACGUGACGAGCAGGGCUACGCCGCGCAGACCUCCGCUCGCCGCAACAUCGUCCACCAUCGCGCUUCCCGGGCCGUGACGUACCGCGCCGCCGCUGAUCCUCCCUCUCGCGUCACCACUUGCAUCCGAGCCGAAGCGGCCACUGCCAAAGACGUGCACAAACACACGUCCCUUGAAGCCGACGCCGCUCGCCGGAUCGCGAUACAUCGUGACUUCGCCGGUAAGCCCCGCAUCCCGCCAACAUCCACGGACGAGCAAAGUCCGCUGAGCAGACCGGCUGUUGCUCGCACGCUUCUGCAAACCCGCCCUCGACCGGGUGAUGGAUAGCCCUCUGCGACAGACCUUCGCGACCGACGGAUCACCGCUGACGGUCAAGCGACGACCGGAAACCGACCCAUGUACGACCACACAUGACCGCCAAGGGCGAGAUCGUCGGUAUUUGACGGUGGAAGGCUACGUGGGCGCGAGCGCAGAUGAGUGGACGCAUACUCUGGUUUGCCAAGGCCGGUUCGUCGACGCUCUCGGUGCCUCGA